AUGUGUCAGAAAUAUAUGCAGGAGCUAGAGCUCUCACACAUUGUGGAGGAGAACAGAGAAUGUGGGGGAGAACACGGAAUGCGGGCAUUUAUUCAAGAGCACCGGAAGCACAUGGGCACACAAGCCUUGCGCACAAGUAUCCACAGCCGCUUUAUUUGUAACAGCCCCCUAACUGGAGACAAAUCAAAUGUCCAACCGCUGCAAUCGGUCUUUUCCCAUACGACGUGCAAUUUUAAGUGGAACUCCGACAAUGUCUUAGAAGAUGGGUUUCAGAGGGAACUUGCAAGGCACUGGCUAGAAGGCUACCGUAAUCCAUGGAUGGGCUGUGUCUGUAAAGAUAAAGGCCAGUGCUUCUGUGAUGGGAUCAAAGGAGAGAAGGGGGAGAAGGGCUUUCCUGGACCCGCUGGUUCUCCUGGCCAGAAGGGGUUCCCAGGUCCCGAAGGCUUGCCUGGACCGCAGGGACCCAAGGGCUCACCAGGACUUCCAGGACUCACCGGUCCCAAAGGUGGAAGGGGAAUAACUGGAUUGCCAGGAUUCUCAGGUCCUCCUGGACUUCCAGGCACCCCGGGCCAUCCUGGACCAUAUGGACCUGCUGGUGUACCAGGGUGCAAUGGUUCUAAGGGUGAGCAAGGGUUUCCAGGCCUUCCAGGGAUACCAGGCUACCCGGGGAUCCCGGGUGCUGUUGGCUUGAAAGGAGAAAAGGGAGCUCCUGCUGCAGAAGGUAUAGAACUUGAUGGAAGAGGUGACCCCGGGUUGCCAGGAGCCCCAGGAUUACAGGGCUUACCAGGCCUUCCAGGUUUUCCUGGACCCGUUGGUCCACCUGGCCCUCCAGGGCUCUUUGGCUUUCCAGGAACCAUGGGACCUCCGGGACCUAAGGGUCACAUGGGCGAUAAUGUGAUAGGACAAAAAGGAGAGCGGGGUGUGAAAGGAUUGACAGGACCCCCUGGACCACCAGGAACGGUUAUUGUGACGCUAACCGGCCCAGAUAACAGAACGCAGGACCUCAAGGGAGAGAAAGGGGACAAGGGAGCCAUGGGCAAAUCCGGACCUCCUGGACCCUCAGGACCACCUGGGGAAUCUUAUGGAGCUGAAAAAGGUGCUCCUGGAGAACCUGGCCCGCAGGGAAAACCUGGAAAAGAUGGAACCCCUGGUUUCCCUGGCACUGAGGGAGCCAAAGGCAACAGGGGCUUCCCUGGGUUACCAGGGGAAGACGGCAUUAAGGGGUGGAAAGGGGACAUUGGCCCUCCAGGAUUCCGUGGUCCAACAGAAUAUUACGAUGCAUACCAGGAAAAGGGGGAUGUAGGAAUUCCAGGCCCACCAGGCCCCAAAGGAGCUCGUGGCCCACAGGGUCCCAGUGGUCCUCCUGGAGUUCCUGGAAGUGCUGGGUCGUCGAGGCCUGGCCUCAGAGGAGCCCCUGGAUUCCCAGGCGUGAAAGGAAGGAAAGGGGAACGAGGACCCCCGGGAAAGAAUGCAGUGGGGCCUCCUGGGUCCCCGGGUUGUCCUGGGGCACCAGGCCCCGUAGGGUCGCCGGGAUACCCAGGACCACCAGCCAUCUUCCUGCUGGUGUUUCGUCGCAUUGACUGUGAAAACAGCUCUGGUGGAAUGGUGGCUUUGCAGAAGAAAGCAGCCUAUUUCCUGCAGCUCCUGCAUUACCUGGGCUACUCAGAGUUGGUAUUCAACAAAUAUUUAAUAAUUCACUGCUUUGCAGGCGGACAAGGGCCAACUGGCAGUAAAGGAAGCCCAGGGUCCCCAGGAAGUGCGGGUCUUCCCGGAUAUCCAGGGUUCCCGGGUGCUCAGGGGGAUCCAGGACUUAAAGGAGAAAAAGGGGAAGCACCUCAACCUGAUGGACAAGUGGGUGCCCCAGGGGACCCUGGGCUCAGAGGGCAUCCUGGAAGAAGAGGCUUGGAUGGGAUUCCUGGAACCCCCGGGGUAAAAGGAUCACCAGGACCUAAAGGGGAACCGGCCCUGACUGGUGAGAAGGGGGACCAGGGUCCUCCAGGGGAUCCCGGCACCCCUGGGCCCCCGGGACCUGCAGGACCACCUGGACCACCAGACUAUGGACCGCAGGGAGAGCCUGGUCCAAAGGGUACCCGAGGAAUUCCUGGAGCCCCCGGACCACCUGGAGAAGCCGGUCCUAAGGGAGAAUUCAGUGUUUCGACACCAGUCCCAGGGCCCCCAGGACCUCCAGGGCUCCCUGGCCGUGCUGGCCCCCAAGGUCCGCCUGGUAUCCCUGGAUCCAUAGGAAAAUGUCGUUAUCCGGGUCUUCCUGGGCCUGAUGGUGAACCAGGGAUUCCAGGAAUUGGCUUCCCUGGGCCCCCAGGACCUAAGGGAGACCAAGGUUUUCCAGGAGCAAAAGGAUCACCAGGUUGUCCAGGAGAAAUGGGAAAGCCUGGGUCACCUGGAGAACCAGGUCUCCCCGGAGCCAAGGGAGAGCCGGGACUAGCCUUGCCUGGAGAACCAGGAACGCCAGGUUUUCCGGGAGAAAGAGGCAAUUCUGGGAAAAAUGGAGAAAUUGGACUCCCUGGACAUCCAGGUCUCCCUGGAAUUCCAGGAACCAGAGGGCUUGAUGGACCACAAGGGGAUCCAGGGAAGGCUGGACCACCUGGAGAAAAAGGACCCCCAGGAAGGUGCAUGGAGGGUCCCAGGGGAGCCCAAGGACUUCCAGGAUUAAAUGGAUUGGAAGGUCAACAAGGCAGAAGAGGUGAAACGGGGCCAAAGGGAGACCCAGGUAUUCCAGGCUUGGAUAGGUCAGGCUUUCCUGGAGAACCCGGACCACCAGGGAAGCCAGGUCAUCGAGGUGAGGUGGGACCACCUGGUCAAAAAGGAUAUCCAGGAAAUCCAGGAUUUUUAGGACCACCAGGUGAAAAAGGAACGAUUGGCAUGAUGGGCUAUCCGGGACACAUUGGUCCUCCGGGGCCUCCCGGAAACCCAGGAACCCCAGGACAGAGGGGUGACUUUGGAAUCCCAGGAGCAAAGGGUGAGAAAGGGCACCCAGGAGCCCAGGGUGAAGAAGGAGACAAAGGACCCCAGGGGCCUUCUGGAAUAUCCCACCUACUGGGGGACAAAGGAGAACCAGGCCUCAAAGGAUUUGCAGGGAAGCCGGGUGAGAAAGGAAACAGUGGUGUUCCAGGGUUACCGGGUUUAAAAGGACUCCAAGGGCCACCUGGACCACCAGGACCACCAGGCCCCAGAGGAGAUCCAGGCAACAUUGGGAAUCCCGGGGCACCAGGACCACGUGGCGUGCCAGGAAGCAUGGGGAUCAUGGGGGUGCCAGGUCCUAAAGGACACAGGGGAGCUUUGGGACUACCAGGUUUAACUGGAAGGCCAGGCCUCCCAGGUGUUCACGGUCUCCAAGGAGAGAAGGGAGAGCCGGGUUAUUCAGCAGGUGCAAGGCCAGGAUCACCGGGACCAAAGGGAGAUCCAGGAUUUCCAGGUGACAUGGGAAGGAAAGGAGAAAGAGGGGUACCUGGAGCACCUGGACAUUCGGGGCCUGCUGGACCUGAGGGAGCCCCUGGAAACCCCGGAAAUCCUGGUCACCCAGGAAAGCCGGGCCCUGAUGGUGAUUUGGGGUUAAAAGGCAUUAAAGGCUUCCCCGGUCCUCCAGGAGUAAAAGGCCCUCCAGGACCUCCAGGAUUUCCAGGACCUCCCGGACCAAUGGGGAUGAGAGGCAACCAGGGACGUGAUGGAAUCCCUGGCCCAGCAGGAGAAAAGGGAGAAACAGGUUUGCUGGAAGCAGUUCCAGGCCCCAGAGGGAGCCCUGGAGUUCCAGGAGCCAAAGGAGACAGGGGAGCCCCAGGCUUACCCGGCCUCCCCGGCAGGAAAGGGAUAGUGGGAGAUGCCGGGCCGUGGGGACCCACCGGCAUGACGGGACUCCCAGGACCACCGGGUUUUCCUGGCGCAGUCAUCCCUGGCCAGAAAGGAAAUCGAGGUCCACCAGGCUUCAGAGGAAACCCAGGUGACCCUGGUCCUCCGGGACCUCCAGGGAGUCACGUGAGAGGCUUGAAAGGAGACAAGGGGCUUCUGGGCAAGCCUGGCCCUAGAGGUCCACCUGGAACUGUAGGAGAUGAGGGGCCACCGGGUCAGCCGGGAGCACCAGGUGCCCCAGGUCUGCCAGGGCUCAGAGGUGAUCCGGGAUUCCAUGGAUUUCCAGGUGUAAAAGGGGAGAAGGGUAAUCCAGGAUUUCUGGGACCAGUUGGACCUCCAGGGCAAAUUGGGCCAAAAGGACCACCCGGUAUACGUGGAGACCCUGGCACAGUUAAGAUCAUCUCCCUCCCGGGAAGCCCGGGGCCACCUGGACCUGUUGGAGAACCAGGGAUGCAAGGAGAGCCUGGGCCACCGGGGCCACCAGGAAUCCUAGGACCCUGUGGGCCAAGAGGUAAACCAGGCAAGGAUGGAAGGCCAGGAACUCCUGGGCCAAUUGGAGAAAAAGGCAACAAAGGCUGUAAAGGAGAGCAAGGACCCCCUGGUUUGGAUGGACUGCCAGGCUUGAAGGGCAAACCUGGAGACAUUGGACCACCCACAACUGCAACAGCCAUGAGAGGCUUCAUCUUCACCAGGCACAGUCAGACCACAGCCAUCCCUUCCUGCCCAGAAGGCACACAGCCGCUCUAUAGUGGGUUCUCUCUUCUUUUUGUACAAGGAAAUGAACAAGCCCACGGACAAGACCUGGGAACCCUUGGCAGCUGCCUGCAGCGAUUUACCACAAUGCCAUUCUUGUUUUGUAACAUCAAUGACGUAUGCAAUUUUGCAUCUCGAAAUGACUAUUCAUACUGGCUGUCAACACCAGCUCUGAUGCCAAUGGACAUGGCUCCAAUUACUGGCAGGGCCCUGGAGCCUUAUAUUAGCAGAUGCACCGUCUGUGAAGGUCCUGCGAUGGCCAUAGCUAUCCACAGCCAAACCACUGACAUUCCCUCCUGUCCUCACGGCUGGAUUUCUCUCUGGAAAGGAUUCUCUUUUAUCAUGUUCACAAGUGCAGGUUCUGAGGGCGCAGGUCAGGCUCUGGCAUCCCCCGGGUCCUGUCUGGAAGAAUUCCGAGCCAGUCCAUUUAUAGAAUGUCAUGGAAGAGGAACGUGCAACUACUAUUCAAAUUCCUACAGUUUCUGGUUGGCUUCAUUAAACCCCAAAAGAAUGUUCAGAAAACCUAUUCCAUCAACUAUGAAAGCUGGGGAGUUAGAAAAGAUAAUAAGUCGCUGUCGGGUGUGCAUGAAGAGAAGACAAUGA